AUUGAAGAAUGAUUGACAAAGUGGAAGUAUUAUUCAACUUUGGGGGUGAAUGGGUCUGUACUCCUCAGUUAUUAUAUAAUAAGAAUCUGGUACAUUAUUGGCAUGGAUUUGACCCAGAUUUGCUGUCUUAUAAAGACUUAUGUGAAGAGUUCGAAAAAAAGAUGAUUUUUUUUAAAGUUAACCAACUCUUAAUUGCUGGACCAUCUGGUAGGUACUACAUAAUUGAUGGAGAUGAUGGUAUUAGGGCUUUGCAGUGCCUCCUUUGUUAUGAGUUUCGUAAGAUUAACUUGUUUGUUGUAGAUGCUACUGAUUUGACAAUCCAUACUCAUAACAUUAUUCAACAUUUAGAAACAUAUCAUGUAGAUGUUGAGAUAGCAUCUGAUGAUGAACUUGGUCUUGAGGACUCUAAUUCUCAUGUUGAUGCUCCAUCUGAUGUUGAGUAUGAUGAAGAAGAACGUGAGGGUUUUAGCAACCAAAGGAGGAGAGUAGUAAGUGAUAGGUUGGAGAACUUUAAGGAAUUGGAGAAGGGUAUGACAUUUUCUGGUAUUGUGGAAGCUAGAAGAAUAAUGAAUUACUAUGCAAUGGCUAAUGGUUAUGGCUUGAAGAUUAAAAAAACAGACCCCACUAGGGCUAGAUAUGCUUGUAGAGAUGGAUGUCCUUUUAGAUGUUCUAUUUCAAAGGAUACAAAAGAGCUCUACUUUUCGUAUCCAAACCUUGAAACGAAAGCAUGAUUGUGAAACCAUGUUAUAAAAAUCCAAGGGCUGAUGCUAAGACAUUAGCACAAUACUUUAAGAGAAAGGUGCAAAACAAUCCAAAAUACACUGUUAAGGACAUGAGAAUGGAAUUGGAAAAGGAUUUCAAUUUGAAUGUGACAAGGUCCAAGGUUAAAGGACUAAGUUGAUGGUCCUAGAAAAGUUAGAAGGCAGUUUCAAGGAUAAUUUUAACAAGCUUGAAGCAUAUGGGGCUGAAUUAAAACAGUCUGGACUGAUGUCGCAAUCCAGAUUUCGAAAGAUGCUUUUGAGCAAGGUAAAAGGAGGUUCUUGAGGAUGUACUUGUGUUUUAAUGCUUUGAAGCUAGGUUGGAAAAGUGGCCUGAGACCACUUAUUGGUUUGGAUGGUACUUUCUUGAAGGGAAAAGUCCAAGGUCAGUUGUUGGUUGCCAUGGGACAAGAUUCUAUGAACCAAUUCUACCCAAUUGCUUGGGCAGUGGUUGACAAGGAAACCACCAGAACAUGGUCAUGGUUUGUGGAGCUUUUGAAGAGGUCUUUGGAUUUAAAAGACGGGGCUGGAGUGACCUUUAUUUCUGAUAUGCAAAAGGGGUUAUUGGAUUCUGUGAGAAAUGUUCUUCCUCAAGCUCAUCAAAGAUAUUGUGCUAAACACAUUGAAACCAAUUGGUUAAAAAAACGGAGGAGUGGGGAAAUGAGAAAGUUGAUGUGGUGGUGUGCUUGGAGCACAUAUGAUGAAGAGUUUAAAGAUCAACUUAAAAAGCUAGGCAAAUUGGAUGAAGUUGCUGCGAAGGACUUGGUAAGGAUUUCACCUGAGGCAUGGUGUAGAACAUACUUUGAUACCAAGUGUAAGAACUCAAUGGUUGACAACAACUUCAUAGAAUCUUUUAAUUCUUGGAUUCUACAAGCAAGGGGUAUGCCAAUUAUCAAAAUGUUGGAGGAAAUAAGGGUCAAGGUAAUGGCCUUGCUAGGAGAUAAUGAAGACAAAGCUAGGAGUUGGAAAACUAAUUACAGUCCACAGUGCAUGAAGUUGUACAAUGAUCAUGGGGCAAUAGCACAUGGUUGCAUUGUUAACUUUAAUGGUGAUUAUGGUUAUGAGGUGUCAGAGGGUGAUGAUAGACAUACUGUCAACUUUGAGCAAAAUAGAUGCACCUGCAGGAUGUGGGACUUAUCUGGGAUACCCUGUGCUCAUGCCAUAAAGGCAUUUUUGCAUAAGAAUGUUGAUCCAGUGACACAAAUUCACUGGUUUUACAGUAAAGAAGCCUAUCUGCUGACUUACAAGCAUAAAAUGCAGCCUGUUAGAGGAGUACAGUUCUGGAAAGUUGAUCCUGCUCAUGCAAUGGAGUCACCUGGAAUGAUAAAAACACUUGGAAGACCCAAAAAGAAGAGAGAUAGAACAAUAGAUGAAGCAAGUAAGACGAAGGGUGAAUGGAGUCAUUCAAGGAAGGGAUCUAUAAUGACAUGUAGUAAAUGUGGAGAAGAAAAUCACAAUGCAAGAGGUUGUCACAAGAGGGAAAAAGCCGGACAAAUUCCAAAGAGGGGGAAGGGCAAGGAAAAAAUUAGCCAGACCUCAAAUGGAACUCAACAAUCUGGCCAGAGCUCAAGAAGCAACUGUUAUGAACUUGAAUUUGGUACAUAGCAAUCUCAACAAUCGGGCUUUGAAACUCAAAUUGGUACUCAACUAUCAAUGGCGUAUGGACCUGAUAUUGGUGAUGACGAAGACCCAACAUUGCGGCCAAAAGUCAUAUCUGAAGCUGAUACAUUGCUGGCCAUGAGGAAGACGAGAAUGAGGUCACCAACUGGUGGUAGAAGGAUUCAAUUCACCGGAGAUCCAAGCGGAGUGUCAACUCCUGCCAACUUGCCUUAUUCACCGACAAAGACAACUUGGAGGGGAAAUGAAGCUGUUACAUGCACCCAGUUACAAGGUGAAGUCAGGAAAAUGCGUAUCAAGAUGAAGGCAAGAAAGGGGCAAGGAGAACCAGCCCCUGAUGAUUGUGACAUUUGAAUGUUUAUUUUGUGAUGCUUAGACAUUUCAAACAUCCUAGCAUUUAAAGGUUAAAGUGGUUAACAGUUGGUUUUUGUUAUUCUAAUUAGUUUAACCUUUAAAGUUAGCAUGCAAAUGUUAAGUAUGUUCUUGGUAAAGUUAAGUAUUUUGUGAAUGACAGGGAAUUAUGUUAAGUAUAUUUUUAGUGAA